UUCCAACUAUUCUAUUCUAAGCUUGGGUAUAAACCUCAGUUCAGAAAACAGAUUACACAGAUUACAAAUUCAGUUCGAUCUACACAACAGACCAAGAACACAGCCAAGAUGUUCAGAUUACAUUGUUUUCAACGAAAGACCAAACAAACACCUGUAGAAGUCUUUGUGGCAGAUGAGGAGGAACAGCACUCCAACCCACAGAGGAGUGUUGCCCUCCCUGACAGCCCUGCUGCCACUGUUGCUCCAGUCUCAGCAAAGUCAGUUGAGGCUGGAAAGAAGAAAAAGAAGAACAAGAAGAACAAGAGGAGAAGAUGGAGAAAUCGCCUCUUUGGUGACCUUGAGAGUAAGAAAACAGAGGAGAAGCCCUCUCUCCCACAGGAAAAUGACGUCACCUCAGAUGACACGGCCAAGAAGACCUCUUGGUGGGAUCUGCUCUUUAAAUGCUGCAGGAGAAGACAUCGGGUGUCUCCAGCAACCUCUCCAGUUCCUCGAACAAGCUGCAGCCCUAAGAGACAUUCAGGCUCCUUGACACCACAGGAUGAAGUCAUGCUGUUCUCAGAGCUGGACCUAUCCAACAAAAUCUAUGAUUAUGAUGAUUUUCUGCUGCCGGAGGUCCCCAGCUAUCCCACCAUCAUGGAACAGAUCAUCCUCGAAAUGUGGCUCAAGGAGCAAUUUGACAACACCACAAGAAGCCAUGUCAGCCUUCAUGAUGGUGUAAAGGAGAGCACCAUCACUACCAACAACUUUGGAUUUCCAAACAUUGGGCAGAGCUGUUAUAUGAAUUCCAGCCUGCAGAGCCUCCUGACACUAGAGGACUUUGUGCGAGACAUAAGCUGUCAGGAGCGGGUCUGGGGUUCAGUCUCUGCCGCCCAAGUGAUGAGACGACUGAUGGACAUCCGGGAUGCCCACACCUCCACAGACGCCGCAACUAAAUGCCACCUCCUGCGUUUAUUCAAGGAGGCGGUCUCUGUCCAGGCUCCAGAAUUCAGUGACCGGCAGCAGAAAGAUGCUCACGAGUUUCUGAGCGCAGUCCUGGACCAGAUGAGGAGUCUGUCCCCUCUGCUGCAGGAGCACGCAGCAGGCAUGGGCAGACGUUACACCUGCCCAGUAGAAGAUCACCUGGUGUUUAGGAUGGAGAAUACCAGGACGUGCAAAAGGUGUGGGGUCCAUUCAACGAGACAGGAGGAGUUUACCAACCUGUCUCUGGAUCUGGUUCCUGGAGGCUCUGUGGACGACAUGCUCCAGAACUACUUGAUGGAGACAGAGUUGGAGUUCAGGUGUGAGUGUGGAGGGCAAACAUCAGGACAGAGAUCGACCUUCGCAACUCUGCCAAAAGUACUCAUCUUGCACCUGAAACGUUUCCGUUUCACGCCCUUCUAUGAGCUGAGGAAGGCUGAUGAUCCUGUAGGGCUGCAGAGAGACCUGGUAGUGUCCUCAGAAAAGGAUGUUGGCUGCUACAGUCUGGUCAGCACCAUCAGCCAUUUUGGUUCCAUCAGAGCAGGACACUACAUUUGUGACGGCAUCCAUCCUGAUGACAGUCCAGAUGAGCCAACCGACCGCUGGCUCACCUUCAACGACUCAGCGGUCUCUGAAACCACCGGUUGGUCCACGUGUGAGAAGCGGCAGAGGACAGCCUACAUCCUGUUCUACAGGAGACAGGAGUAGAACACCACGGAGAGAGCGGGGCACUAUGGAGGACCUCAAGACCUAAACUGGAGACCAUACACCAGGAGCCACAUGAAGAAGACCAGGAUCCCUCACCUUAUCAUCGCAUCCAGGCGACCAGCUGCAUGGAGCGAAAAAGGUAAGUCUGUUUUCUAACCUUUCUGUUGGUGUUCCAGAGAUGCUGACUGUGGAGGUGGACAACAAGACUAGAGAGAUCGGUGGAUGACGAGCAAAGAGGAAGACACUCCGUGGCCAGAAGCAGCAAGAGGUCCUCCAUCGCCCUAAGGAGGGAGGGCCACCCCAGAGAGCCAGGUCCCUCCCAAGGUUUCUUCCUCUUAAAGGGAGUUUUUCCUUGCCACUGUUGCCCCAAAGUCGCUUGAAAAGAUUGGCCUGUAAUGUAACAUAGCAGCGACUGGGUUGCUCUCUGGAAGAACUGCAAAACAAAAGUGAAAGACAAUAAACACUUUCAAAAUGUAGGAUUUGUUGUUUGUGUCUC